AGAAGCCCGGGCGCCUCCUGUUCGGGAGCUGUCCGGCGAGUGGCGGGCCGGGCCGCCCCGCUCUGCGCUGGGGUCGCUGGAGAUCGGGCAGCACCGAGCAAGGACGGGGAGCGCGCCUCGGGGACAGCAUGUUGUACUGAUUAGUCCCUGGAAGAGGCCCCAGUGCAGCACCCAAGGCACAGACUCUCCCCACCACAGGGCUGGAUUAUCUUGGGGUUCACGGCGCUGUGACCGGGGUUAGAGUUUGACACUCUCCCCACCCAAGGGUGGGAAAGAGCCCAGCUGCAUCACUCUGUGGCCAUGAGGUGCCUUGUUACCGGGGGCAAUGUCAAAGUCAUAGGGAAGGCCGUGCACUCUCUGUCCCGCAUCGGAGACGAGCUCUAUGUAGAGCCCACGGAGGAUGGGCUCUCCCUGCGUGCUGUGAACUCUUCCCGCUCAGCCUACGCCUGCUUCUUGUUCGCCCCACUCUUCUUCCAGCUUUACGAGGAAGGGAACUUGGACCCCGAUGGGGAGACCUUCCGCUGCAAGGUCCUCAUGAAGUCCUUCCUGGGUGUGUUCCGCUCGCUGCCCUCGCUGGAGAAGACUGUGGAGAAGUGUCUGAUUUCCCUGAACCCCCGGGCCAGCCGGCUGGUUGUCCAGCUGCACUGCAAGUACGGAGUCACCAAGACCCACAACUUGUCAUUCCAAGAGUGCGAGUUGCUGCAGGCCGUUUUCAACAAGGAUCUGUGCGCCAACAUGCUGCGUGCCCCUGCCCGGGUGCUGGUGGAUGCUGUGGUCCAUUUUCCGGUGACACUGGCCGAGGUGACGCUGGGGGUCAGCCCUGCCGGGAAGGUGAGCUUCCGCAACUACCUGGAUGAGGAGACAGAGCCCAGCAGGAUAAUGGUGACCGAGCUGUGCCUCUCUGAGGAUGAGUUCCAGGACGUCCAGGUGCAGCAGCAGUCCCAUGUCACCUUCUGCCUCAAGGAGUUCCGGGGUCUCCUGAGCUUCGCCGAGUCCUCCAACCUGCCUCUCAACAUCCACUUCGACUCCCCCGGCAGGCCGGCCAUCUUCACCCUGUCAGACCCCCUGCUGGAAGUGCACCUGGUCCUGGCCACCCUGUCAGACCCCAACAGCAGCUCUCAGGUCCGUUCCACAACCUUGCAGGCUCAGCCGGCCAAUGGUGCCUUUCCCCUGGCUACUGCUGAUGACUUCACAGCCGAUGAUAUUGAUUCCUACAUGAUUGCUAUGGAGACCACAUGUGAGGAGGGGCCAGGGCUGCCCUCCAGCCCCACCUUUCCCCAGAGAUGCCCCCAUCCGUGCGGUGCCAUGGAGAGUGAUCUGGAGGUGGCUGUGCCAGGGACCCCCCCCCAAAAAAAGUUCCGCUCCUUGUUCUUUGGGUCGGUGCUGACCCAGUCUCAGGCUGGGACCCAUCCAGGGCCCAGCCAGGAUGUGCUGGCUGAGGACAGCGAGGGAGAGUCCUGAGAGGUCACCUUCUGCAGCGUGGCUCCAAGCCCCCAAGAACCUGCAUGGAGAAGCUGGACUUUACAACCCCAUUACCUCUGCUGAAGCAGGGCUAGGGAUGCUGCUUCCAAGCCCCUGUGAAGACAUUGCCCUGUAAAUAAAGCUUUUAUAAUAAAAUA